AUGCAGAACAUGGAAGAGAUGGCGCUCUUUUGUCUAACUGCCACACUGCUUGGCACCUUCUCUCUGACAUGUGGAAAGAUUUCAGAGUACCAGCUGGAGACAGAGAGUCUGAGUCAAUGUGAGCAGCUGAGGUUUGUCAGUGCAGCUCAGGAACAUGAGCACAUCCCCCAGUGCUCUGAGGAUGGCCGCUUCAGGCAUGUUCAGUGUAAUCGCGGAGGUGGUGAAUGUUGGUGUGUGAAUGCAGAGGGUCUUGAGAUACCUGGGAGUCGACAAAAUGGAUCCGCUGUUCAUUGUUUGACCUCAUGCCAGCUCCAGAGACAACAGGCACUGCAGACUGGAGACGCAACCCUGGUGCCAGUGUGUUUGGACUCAGGUGAGUACGAGCAGGUGCAGUGUGAUGCGUCCCGUGGCCAGUGCUGGUGCGUGGACCAAGAAGGCAUGGAGAUCUACGGAACCAGGCAAAAUGGAAAACUCUCAAAGUGUCCUGGUGUUUGUGAGGUGAGACAGCGGCGACUCCUUCAUGGUUUCGGAGAACCCUCUCCCCCUCAAUGCUCAGAUGAUGGGAGCUUCUUACCUGUCCAGUGCAAGUUUGUCAACACCUCUGACAGGAUGAUCUUUGAUCUGUUACACACAUUCAACAGAAACCCAGAAGUGUUCCAGACCUUUAGUGUUUUCAGAAAGGCCUACCCAGAGCUAUCUAGUUAUUGUUUCUGUGCAGACAGUCGUGGAAGAGAGAUGCCAAGCACAGGUGUGGAGCUGCUUUUGGAUGAGGUGUACGACACAGCGUUUUCAGACCAGACUGCAGGAAGUGCAUUUGCACAGUCAAACAUGUAUCGAAUCCUACAGCGCCGCUACCUUGCUGUCCAGCUGGCCCUCAGCGGGAAAUUUAGAUGUCCCACCCCGUGUGAGAGUGAACGGGCCGCUGCUACUCAGGCUGGUAAUUCCUUUGUACCCUCCUGUACUGAUAAUGGAGUGUAUGUGCCAACCCAGUGUCAGUCCGGUGGCCAGUGCUGGUGUGUGGAUGCUGAUGGCAAAGAGAUCUUUGGCACACGCCAGUAUGGACUACCAAAAUGUAGCACUGGAGUGAAAGACUGCCUGUCUGAGAGGAGACAAGCACUCUCCAGGCUUUUUUAUGGCCCAGCUGGAGACUUCAGCAAGAACAACGUGUUCUCUGCUUCCAAAGACACCUUCUCUUUUCUUGGUACUUGCAGUCCUGAAUUCCAGGAGCUUUUGGCCAACUCCGGUCUUCUGCAGUCGUUGCCAGAUUUGGAGCGUCCAAAUGUCAGAGACAUCCUGGCAGAGCUCAUUCAAGGGAUGUUUCCCUCUGGGGCUCUUGCCCUAAAAGCUCUUGCUCUCGCCCCGAAUCCCAAGAGACUCCAGGAGAAUCUAUUUGGAGGAAAAUUCCUGAAGAAUGCUGGCAAUUUCAACUUCACUGGCAUCGUUGGAAACAGUGGUACAUUGAAUUUCAGUCAAGUUUUUAGUCAAGUUGGUCUGAUGCAGGCUGGGACCGGCUUGAUGCAGUUGGCCAAGACCUUUGCAGAUGACUCUGCCGGUCUUAAUAUAGACCAGGAGAUUUUUGAUGCGUUUGGUCGUUCCGUAAACCUGAAAAUCAACCGAGAUAUGAUUAAACUUGUUUCAAUGGCUCUUGAGAAUGAGCACUUUCUCACUACCCUUCGAGAGGCCAUCAAACAGCUGAAGGCAAAUGAAAGCACCCAGUUGGGUCAACUGUUUCAUGCAAUUAUCCAGAAAUCAGAUGUUUGUAAUUCGGUGACUUCCACCUUGACUUCAUACAUACCCCAGUGCACUGAGAAUGGACUAUUCCAAGAAGUUCAAUGUCAGGGCAGAGAGUGUUGGUGUGUGGACUCUCGUGGUCUGGAGAUAACAGGUUCUCGCACUACUGAGUCAAGACCGAGAUGCUUAUCCCAGUGUGAGAAAGAACGUAAGAUGGCUAUUGCAGUCAAAGCCAGUAGUUCCGCAGGAUCUGAGGUCUUCAUUCCUAAAUGCGAGACUGAUGGUGCUUACGUAGCAAGACAGUGCCUUGGCAAAAGUUGUUUCUGCGUGGACCGAUCUGGAACAAAACUCGGCGUUCAGAGUUCAGGAAGCUCUCUUCAAUGUCCAACAAACUGCCAGGCCACAGCUACCCACAAAUUCCUGUCCACGAUCCACUCUGUUCUCACAGAUCCAUCUUCUGUAACGCAGCUUUCUGAAGUGUACAUACCUCGUUGUGCAUAUGAUGGCAGCUGGAACCAGAUCCAGUGCGAUGGACCUCCAGAACAAGCGAAUGAGUUCUACCGUGAGUGGGUUCGGAUCAUAAAUUCCGGACAAGACCUGCCCGUCUCAGGACUUCUUGAAAUUCUGCGAGCCUAUGCAAGAAACACAGAAGCAAUGGCGUCAUUCCGAGCCUUUGUAUCUGAAUUGUUCAAGGCUGGGCACCACAGAGUAUUCCCUGUCCUGGCGAGAUUUGAGAAGUUCUCUGAUGUUCCAUCUGACUUGUUAGAAGGGAGCGUUGAGGCCAAUCAUGGACCAUCAGUUUUCCUGAACCCAUUAUCCUUCUGGAAACUGAUCAGAAGAGAAGAUUCUGCUUAUCCAGGUCCGCUAUCGGACUUCAGUGUUCCUCUCGGGACUUUUCAUAUGCGUCAAUGCUGGUGUGUUAACCCUCAAGGGGACAUGCUAGCAAAUAGCAAGGCUCCUGUUGGACAAAUUCCCAAAUGUCCAGGUCCUUGCUCUGUGGUUCAAAGCCAGGUUUCUGAGUUCCUGAAGCAGGCUGAGGAACUAAUCUUUGCUUCAAACAACACACAUGUGCCUGUGGGUUAUGGUUUCCUCCUGGCUGAGAGUGUCUAUCUGAGCCCUGUGGAGUUGGAGCUGACACGCUCCUCAAACAUCCCCAUCACUCAAACUCUGCUGAGCAACAUCAACUCACCAUUGAGACUCGCAGCUCAUUCCACCCUACAUUUCUAUUGGCAGAGCAGAAUGAUGGCCAGUGACAAAGACAGACAGAGUUUAAUGUUGGGGUACCAGCCCUACAUCCCACAGUGUGAUGCUUAUGGCCAGUGGCUGCCCAAUCAGUGCCACCAAAGCACAGCUCUCUGUUGGUGUGUUGAUGAGGAGGGCAGAUACAUCGCAGACUCUCUGAUGUCUCGUUCUGCGGCCCCUCAGCAGUGUCAAACUACAUGUCAAAGGCUCCAAAGUCAUUCCCUGCUUUCUAAUUGGAUGCAAACAAGCUCUAAUAUCACCUUCACAUAUAACCCUUCAUGUGAGGAGGAUGGGGAGUUUUCAGUACUCCAGAAGACCAGUUCAGGCCAUUCACAGGGGUUGUGCGUGAGUCCAAUAAACGGACAAGUCAUCCAACCUGCCAUAGCCGAUCCCUCUGGAGAACUGCAAUGUCCAGGUUGGUGUUCUCUACAGAAGACUGUGGCAUUGCAAAGAGAGGUUGGUGUGGGGUAUGAGCCUGAAUGUGUACAGGACGGUCAGCGGUUCUUACCCCUGCAGUGUGAUCUGUUCGACUGUUGGUGUGUUUCUCAAAGCGGAAAAGAGCUGCCAAAAACGCGAACCUCUCGCAGCACAGGACGAACCCCAGCCUGUGACAUUCCUGAGUGCGCCCUUCCAUACAGAGACAUUUCCCAUGGUGCCAUUCUGUGUAGCACUACAAAUGUUGCGGGCCAGCAGAUGCAACGCUGUGAGUUGUUCUGUGACCAAGGUUAUGUCAACACCCUUCCUGUCACCAGCUUCCUGUGUGAUCCCAAGGCGACAAACUGGCUUGAUGAUGCUCCACUUUCUUACGCCUGCCAAAAGCCUCGGGUGUUGCAGACAGUGCAGGUGUCCUUAGAGCUACAGAUGUUCCUGGCCGAGGGCCAAAACAGUUGCAGCGUGUUGAGUGUUGAGCUACAGGCUGCUUUGCUGCGAGACAUGAGAGCUACAGGCCUCUGCAGCUUACAGCUGACUUCAUCCGGCCAGACCAGCUCUGUUGCAGUCUGUGACGAGUCAUCUGUGUCUCUUGAGUGUUUGACUGAUAAGGAGGUCACCAUGCGCAUCACCUUUAGGGCCCGCCUCUCUGACCUGCCAAUAACAUCUCUCCCUGAUCUUCAUGAUAUUGAUAUAGCACUUAGUGAAGAGAGACUUUCAAACGGUGUGAAGGCAUUAAUCCGAAGUGGGUCAUACCUGUCCAUCUUCCUCUCUGACGGUUCUCUGGCUUUCUCUAGUCCUCCCUCAUUUAGCUGCAUGCCUGGCUAUAAGCGGCUCCCACAAUCCACUGGGUGUGUGUUGUGUCCAGCUGGUUCAUUUUCCAGUGGUGGUGUGUGUACUCCAUGUCCACGUGAUACAUUUCAAGAGGAAGAAGGGCAGGUCUUCUGCUCUCCCUGCCCUUCUCGAACAUCCACUGUGGCCCAGGGAGCCUUCAAUGCUUCUCAUUGUCUUACUGAGUGCCAGCAGACUAAACUGAGUUGUACAAAUAAAGGGGAUUUUCUGUCAGCCCAGAAGCACCCCGUGUCUGGCAAAUGGUUGUGUGUCUCCUUACAGGGAAAGGAACUGUCUUGGACGUCUUCUGAUGGUCCAAUGACAGUUGAAGAGUGCAAAGUAAUGGAAAAGUUUGAUGUGGUUGCUCCUUCCUCCCUGCUGCUGAAAUCAGAGAGUGCUGACAUACUGAGCUCUGAUUCCUCAACCCAGCCAAAGGAAACACAUCUCAGGAAGUGUGUGCUUGAUUGUGCCAUGGAAGAUUCAUGCCAACAUGUGGCUAUUUUCAGUGAUGGAGAGAAAGCACACUGUGAGCUCUACAGCACCAGUACAGAUAAUGUUGAAUGCAGGACCUCUGAACAAAGCAAAGGGUUUCUGGGAAAUGAUGGUGCUGAGACGUUCCAGGCUCUCAACUGUGUUUUGAAAAUAAAAGGAGAUGAACCCAAUCUGACGGUGUUGAGGAAGAAAGGUCAUGAAUUCAGCACAGCAGGCCUGAAGAGUUUUGAGAGGCUGAGUUUCCGUAAGACCAGUUCUGGAGUGUAUCAGACGCUUGUGUUUGAUGCACGUGGAACCACUCUGGCUGACGUCCAUCGUUUCUGCGUCAACUCCUGCAGCCGUGAGAACUGCUGUGAUGGAUUCAUCCUGAACCAGAAUGUCCUCAAUGGAGGCUCUAUCAUGUGUGGGCUCCUGAGUGCUCCUUCAGUGCUGCAGUGCAGCGAGACAGACUGGGACGUGAGGAAUGUGGCCUCCUCCAAACGCAUCUGUGGUGCUGGGGUCCAAUACAGCAAACAACUGAAACGUUUCACUCUCAACUUUGGCGGACAGAACUUCACCAUCACUGAUGCAGCCUUACCGGCAUCCAGCAAAAAUAAAACUGGUUAUCAGGAAACUCUAAUCAGUUUCCAACGUGUCUACAUCUGGAAAGAGUCUGAUAUGAACACGCGUCCUCCCUCUGCUUGCAGUGGAUUAGCUACUGUAGAGGAUUCAACAAUGGUACUUUCUGACUCAGUAAAGGAGGCUUUUGGUGUUCUGGAGAGUGGUGAUAUAAAAGUUGAUCCAGAGAGGAAGCUGCCUAGUCAGCUUUACUGGAUCUUUAAACACCAGUUCACUUUCCAGGAAGCCCAGCUGUUGUGUCUAAAACGGUGUGAAGAAGAAGAGCUGUGUCACGUGUCCGACAUUCGCGAUGAAGGCCCUCUGUAUUUCUCGUGUGUAUUGUAUCCUGACACACGCGUGUGUGGGGCGUAUGACAAACCUCUCAGACAGGCAUGCAGUUUUGUGAUGGCACAGAGUCUUCAGACUGCAUACCAGAAGAAAGUUUCCCUGAUCGGAAGUGUGAAGAGCUUCUACAGCCGCGUUCCUUUUAAGAAGAUGGUGUCUUACUCUGUACGCAGUCGAGUCAGUGUUUCCCGUAAAUCUAUCACAGAAGGGUUCUUUGAGUGUGAGAGGCGGUGUGAUAAAGAUCCAUGCUGUCGUGGCAUAGGAUAUGUCCAAGAUUCAGGUGUACCUGGAUCGGAUGUGUUGUGUCUUACGCUAAAUAGUCUGGGUAUCCAGACGUGUGGAGAGAACGACAGCACUAACUGGAGAAUUCAGGACUGCUCCCCAUCCAAAGUGCAGACUGAAGUCUAUCCCUUCGGCUGGUAUGAAAAGCCAGUGAACCAAUGGACAAAGAAUCCCAGUGUGUGUCCACCAUUUAGUCUUCGUUCUCCCAUAAAUAAUGUUGAUUUGAAGAACUGGAAGCAGUUGGAUGGCGUCUCUGUGCAGGUGGAUUCGUCCGUUUCUGCUUUUGACAUUGUCCACAUAAGCAGAGACAUUGCCGAGGACCUAGAUAAAGUCAGAGACUGGUGUCUUUCUGCCUGUGAGGAAAGUGAGUCCUGUUCAGCCGUAUCUAUCGAUAGUCGAGAGUCAGCCAUGAGAUGUGUGAUGUAUCCAGACACACAUACCUGCCUUCCUACAACUAGCGGCCAGCGCUGCUUACUAGUUACCAAAGAGCCCGCUCAAUCUGUUCAUAUCAGGACAGGUUUACAGCCAGAGAUGACUUCUGUUUUCAUCCUUGAUCACGGCACACUACUUGGAGAGAGUGAGGUGAAAUCCAUAACUGGCUUAGAUAGCAAGCGUGUGACCUACUUCCUGGGUGUUCCUUAUGCUCGUCCACCAAUAGGAGAGCUCCGUUUCAGCCCUCCACAGCCAGCUGACUGGACCGCUACCUGGAAUGCCACGUUUUCCCGAUCCAGUUGUCUUCAGCCUGGUGACCCCACUGACUCCACCUCCAGUGAAGACUGUCUUUAUCUCAAUGUGUUUGUUGCUACUAGUGUGAGAAAGAAUGUGCCGGUUCUGGUGUUUUUCCACAAUUCUGGAUCGGGUCUCUUAGAUGGUUCUUACCUCGCUGCUGUUGGCAACAUAAUUGUUGUGACAGCCAGUUUCAGAGUGGCCACUUUUGGAUUCCUCAGUGCAGGUUCCAGUGCUCUGCCGGGGAAUUACGGCUUGCAAGACCAGGCAGCUGCUCUGGGUUGGGUUCAGAAAAACAUUGCUUUGUUUGGAGGAGACCCCAAUAAAGUCACAAUAGGGGCAGAGAGAAACGGAGCCGACAUUGCGAGCCUUCAUCUCACCUCGCCAUCAGCUUCAUCACUCUUCCGCCGAGCUUUACUAAUGGGUGGAUCUGUGUUUUCGCCUGCUGUUGUAAUGAGUACAUCUAAAGCCCAGGCGCAAACUGCAUCUCUUGCUAGAGAACUUGGCUGCUCGGCAGCUGAUACUACUCAAAUACUGACUUGUUUGAGGAGCAAACCGGCUCAGAGCAUUAAUGCUGCCCAGACCAAGUUGUUAGCUGUGAGUGGUCCCCUGCAGGCCUGGUCACCAGUGGUUGAUGGAACUGUAGUUCGGGAAAAGCCUUCUGUGGUUCUUCGUUCCGGACACUUCCACAGAGUCGAUUUACUUCUGGGCUCAUCAGUUGAAGACGGCCUUAUCAGCAGAGCCAAGAACAUCAAGAAUUUUGAGCAGCUCCAGGGAAGGGCUGACAGUAAGACAGCGUUUUACGCGGCCCUGUCUAACUCUCUGGGUGGAGAUGACGCCAAUGCUUUCGUGAAGGAGGCAGCGACCUGGUUCUACUCUUUGCAGCACUCUCCGACACCCUCAGGGUACAAUGUGUUCUCUCGCGCUCUGGAAAACGCUACGAGAGACCUCUUUAUCAUCUGUCCAGCUGUGGACAUGGCUGAAUUCUGGGCAGCAAACACACAGUCCAGUGUUCACAUGUACCACCUACCUGAGGACACUGCCUACAGCAGUGUUGAUCUGUCACUUCCAACGGAUGUGCAGUUCCUCUUUGGAGUUCCUCUUGCCUCAGAAAAACAAGACUUCUUCAGCUCAAAAGAGAGAAUGCUUACCUUGCAAGUCAUGAACUACAUGACAAACUUCAUAAAGUCUGGAAACCCCAACCUGCCUCUUGCAACAUCUAGGACGUCCUUCAGUAAGCUCUUGCCCCCAUGGCCUCAGUUCAUCCCUCAACCGGGUGGACGUGGCUAUAAAGAGCUGUCCUUUACGCUCAGUAACCGCAAGAACCUCCAGAGCCCGCAGUGUUCCUUCUGGUCUCAAUAUGUGCUGGCUCUGAUCUCCUCUACCGCCAAAUUAUCCUGUGGGACUUCAGUGGGAGAAACUGGAGGAAUUCAAAAUCAAAUUCCAACCCAAGAGCCCAAGUCACUUCCAGAUACCAGCUUCUUUCUGACUGCAAGCAAACCUAAAUCUGAGAAAGAUGCUUACAGUUAGUCUCACAAUUUAGAUUUAGUUGUAAUCACUCAAUCCACAACCAAUUCAAGCUUAGCACUCUGUCAUUUUGGUAUUUCUAUUGAUGUAAAUCACUGUUAUUAUGAAUCAAUGAACAUUCAAAGUAGAACUUAAGCAAUAAACUGCAUU